UCUCUCUCACGGGCGCCAUUUUGUGGAUCCACGUCAUCUGGCUUCUUUCCUUCUCUCCGGGCCUCCAAGGGAUGGGCGGGCCCGGUGCAGCCGGGCGUGGAGGUGCUCAUGGGCGGCGUGCCUGGGGGGGCAUCGCGGGUGGAGCUGCGCGACCUCUUCAAGGCGGCCGUGCCGGGCGUGGUGGUGAAGGUGGCCCUCAUGAAGCAGUUCGCCUUCAUCCACCUGUGCAACGAGGCGGCGGCCGAGCGCGCCAUCCAGAAGCUCAAUGGGCACCUCCUGCACUGCCACCGCGUGGUCGUGGAGUUCUCCCGCCCGAGGCCCACCCACACCGUCAAGACCUUCAUGGGCAACGUCUCGGCCGCCUGCACCAGCGGCGAGCUGCGCGUCCUCUUCCAGGAGUUCGGGCCCGUCAUCGAGUGCCACAUCGUGAAAGGAGUGGGAGAGGCGAGCUUGUGGCCUAGAAAUCUACUCUGUACAUGCUCAGAGGUGUUGUUACGUUCUCCAUUCCCGGCUGCGGUCCCAGCAAUUGAAACCAACUCAGCUUUAAGGAGCCUCAAGUAUGAACAGCUGGAGCCGGAUCAGGCUCCAAUUGCUGCAAGGGCAAUCUACUCAGGCCAUCAGCAUGACCCAUAUCUUUUCCUGAUUUGUGAAUUAAGGUAA